AGCAGGGGCGGUACCCAGCUCGUCCCUAGGCCUGGAGCAAGCAGAAGAGAAGGAAAGGCAGGAGACUGAAGCUGUGCUCCUGAGUGGGAAGAACCCACGCACGCGUCAGAACCAGGACUGCUUGUGCCCGUGCCCGUGCCCGUGAGCUCUUGUAGUAGUUGCCCAGCUGCUGUUGGGCAUCCUUGGCGAUAAGAAAGAGAAUGGCUUGUGUUGAGUUUUCUUUUUAUGUGCCAAAUCUGGAGGAACUUGCUGAAGUUUUGCAGAAAGGACUAAAGGACAACUUUGCUGAUGUCCAGGUCUCCGUGGUUGACUGCCCAGAUUUAAGAAAGGAGCCCUUUAACUUUCCUGUAAAAGGCAUCUGUGGGCAAACUAGAAUUGCAGAAGUAGGAGGUGUGCCUUACUUAUUGCCUCUUGUAAACAAAAAAAAAGUUUAUGACCUAAAUGAAAUUGCAAAAGAAAUACAGCUGCCCGGAGCUUUUAUCCUUGGAGCAGGAGCAGGUCCAUUUCAGACCCUUGGGUUCAAUUCUGAGUUCAUUCCAGUUGUUCAGACAGCAAGUGAACACAACCAACCUGUGAACAGAAGUUACUUUGCCCAUAUAAAUCCUGCAGAUGGAACGUUCCUGCUGGAGAAGUACAGCCAAAAAUAUCAGGAUUUUGGAUGUGCAUUACUGGCUAAUCUUUUUGCCAGUGAGGGCCAACCUGGCAAGGUCAUUGAAGUACAAGCCAAGAGAAGAACAGGACAGCUUAACUUUGUGACUUGCAUGAGGCAGACUCUGGAGAAGCAUUAUGGAAACAAGCCUGUGGGGAUGGGAGGCACCUUCAUUGUGCAGAAGGGGAAAGUCAAGGCCCACAUCAUGCCAAAAGAGUUUUCUUCCUGCCCCCUGAGCUCAGAUGAAGCUGUCAAUGAAUGGCUGCACUUCUAUGAAAUGAAGGCUCCUUUGGUUUGUCUACCAGUUUUUGUUUCCAAAGACCCGGGACUUGAUUUGCGACUGGAGCACACCCAUUUCUUCAGUCAUCAUGGCGAAGGCGGACAUUACCACUGUGAUACCACCCCAGACACAGUGGAGUAUCUUGGCUACUUCUUACCUGCACAGCUCCUCUACCGCAUUGAUCGGCCCAAAGAGACCCAUGCAUUUGGGAGAGAUUAAAGCAGCUGAUGCUUGCUUAGAAAAUGGUUAGCUAAGGUUAAAUCCCUAACUCAGCAACUGAUACUAAUUAAAAAAUCCAGUAGGGAGCCAGAGAGUGCUUCCCAGCAAGCCAAGGCCCUGGCUUAAUCCUCAGCAUGGAAGAAAAACACACAAUAAGAGUAAUUUCACUACAUAAACACUAGUUUUAUACUAUUUCAAAUGCAAGGAUACUUGAUACUCCUAUUAUUUAGCAUCUUCAUGUGAAGAAGAUUAUUAGUAACAAAGAUAUCUAAUUGAGAUGCUCACUUUAGUAAACCAAUUUCAUAUCUUUAUAGCCCGGCAAAGUCUUCUCUUCAUACCUCAGAUAUAAGCAGAACAGGGACCUUCCAUUAUUCCUGCUAUCUAGGAAUAACUUACAUUUGUGUGACAUUAAAUCUUGCAAGUUCAUCUCACAAGUGCUAAGGGAUUAUUACUGAGUAUUAGACACAAAAGUGUGGAAUCUUUGCACUGAGUUUUUAAAGCCCACAAAGAAAACCAGUGUACUCUGUUCUCAGCACUCGGGGGACAAGGUGGCUCUUUACUCUGGUGACAAUCUACACUCAGAAGUCUGCAGCCUGCCUUCCACAAAUGUUAGUAACAUUGAUUAGCCAGGCUCUUCUUGAAUUAGAUCUCCAUCCAACGGUUUGUACUUCAGUAACUGCAAGAUAAGAAGGGAAAGAGUAACAAAGCACAACACUAACAUGAGUAUACUUUAGUAAGGCUGCUGUUGAACACAGCCGUUCUCCAUCACGAGAUAAAACUACACUCUUAAUGUGUGGUGUCUUGAAGACACACGUCUGUGCCCUUUUGUUGGCUAUUAGAAUAGUGAGACAAUGGGCCCCAGGAAAUUGGAAUUCCCUCAGUAUUCUCAUGCCAGGAGAACCCUGGUGCCAGCCAGAGGAAGGACUUGUCUCCUGGAAAGAGUUGUCACAUAGUUCUGCAGGACCAACAGGAGACUAGUCAGUCAGUGGGGGUGGGCAGGACCACAGCUUGACCUGGUGAGUUGGGCAUACAUCUUGCCCUCUAUUUAAACCUGAACCUCAUGCCAGGAUCCCAACAUAGAUUUUGCAGAAUAGUGGGGAAUCAGAGACUUGUUUGUUCCUCUUCUCAAUGUGACUACAUUCAAGAAAUCUUUUUAUGCUUUUCAAAAAAUUACAUUAUUACUGUGUACUGAUGAUUACAAAACUCCUUGCUGUUCUGUAAUAUAGAACCUGUGAUGAUCAUUAACCAGAAAUCAACCUUGCUAAUGGCAGUAAGGUGUGGGUCUAGGAAAUCUUUAGAACUAAGCCCUAAAUGUUUUCUGAUUCCUUACUUUGUAAUGAACAUGUCUGUGAGUAUAAACAUGAUUUUUGAAACAAAACUGAAUAAAGUAAUAUUUAGUCUA